GAGCUAGUGUAAAAAAGGAAGGAGAAGUGUAUCGGUGUCAAUCAUUCCGCCCUCGUCCCGCCGAUUCAAUGGGGAGCAACACUGACGAUGCUGUUGCUGCUGCACAAAACGGUCAAGAAAACUCCUCCAACGACGGCUCCCUCUGUGGAUUCGACUCUAUGCACCGACUGCUACAAGCGUCGCUCCCUCCUCAUAUUUUUCAGGAAAUCAGUCGAGUGCUUAUUGGGCUAAACUGUGGACGAGCACUCCAGACUGCUGCCAUUCCAGAGCCAGCUACUGCUCUUUCUUCAGAACAUGAUUUUGAUUUGCAGGCCUUCACUUUUAAUGCUCAAGAGGAAUCACUGAGAGAACCUCGCAUCGUGAGGGUAGGUCUGAUACAGAAUUCCAUUGCUCUUCCAACUACAGCGCCAUUUGCCGACCAGAAAAAGGGCAUUUUUCAAAAGUUGACACCUAUAAUUGAAGCUGCUGGCAUUUCAGGAGUCAACAUAUUAUGUUUACAGGAAGCAUGGAUGAUGCCAUUUGCAUUUUGCACCCGUGAGAAGAAAUGGUGUGAAUUUGCAGAGCCAAUAGAUGGAGAAUCAACACAAUUUCUACAAGGAUUCGCCCGCAAAUAUAACAUGGUUAUAAUAAAUCCCAUUCUUGAGCGGGAUCUGAAGCAUGGAGAAGUUAUCUGGAAUACUGCUGUUAUAAUCGGAAACCAUGGCAACAUAAUUGGAAAGCACAGAAAGAAUCAUAUACCCAGAGUCGGGGAUUUCAACGAAAGCACAUACUACAUGGAAGGGAAUACGGGCCAUCCUGUGUUUGAAACAGCUUACGGAAAGAUCGCCGUCAAUAUAUGCUACGGAAGACAUCAUCCUCUCAACUGGUUAGCUUUCGGCCUAAAUGGUGCUGAAAUUGUCUUUAACCCCUCGGCAACUGUUGGCGAACUCAGUGAACCAAUGUGGCCCAUUGAGGCGCGGAAUGCAGCAAUUGCGAAUAGUUACUUUGUGUGUUCAAUAAAUCGAGUCGGGACUGAAGUUUUCCCGAACCCCUUCACCUCAGGGGAUGGGAAGCCACAACAUUCGGAUUUCGGACAUUUCUAUGGCUCCAGCCAUGUAUCAGCACCUGAUUCCUCAUGCACGCCUUCCCUGUCGCGCUGCCGGGAUGGCUUGCUGAUAUCCGACAUGAAUCUCAACCUUUGCCGGCAGAUCAAGGACAAGUGGGGAUUCCGGAUGACUGCACGUUAUGAAAUGUAUGCGUACUUGCUCUCGCGCUACGUGAAGCCGGAUUUCGAGCCACAAGUCGUCAAUGAUCCCAUGCUGGAAAAGAGGUCCUCUUGAACUGGAACAGAAUAGUGUUUUCAAUCUGAGGGUAAUGACUUAUUUCUUUUCGUGUGGAUGGUUUGAAUUCUCGAUCAUUUUCUUCCAUUUGUUGUUCACGACAACAAAGAUAUUUAAAAAAAAAAAAAAGAAA